UAUGCCGAGAGCAAAGAUGGCUCAGUCCAAAAGUAGUCACUAUGGAGUUUCGCUGUGCGUUCUGAUGUUCCUCUUUGUGGGAUCACUAAACGCGGAGUGUUGCACGGAGGGCGAGACCAAAGCCGAUGAGGAUGAUUGCACCAAGUAUCUGGUCUGCUGUCACGGUGAAUUUAAGUCCAAGUCCUGCGAAAACGGACUGUAUUGGGACCCUAAGGAGGGAGAAUGCGCUGUGGAUAAUGGCGAAUGCAAGCCGCCAACUUGUGAGGAUGGAACGAUCGAAGCGAAUCCCGUCGACUGCGCAGGUUUUUUGGAAUGCGUCAACGGAACCGUAGUGAUCGUAAGCUGUCCAGACGGAGAUUACUUCGAUUCGGUACAGAAUAGCUGUGUUCCCGACACCUGUGGAGUUUGCGUUAACUGCACCGAGGGAAGCACAAAGGCCGACCUCAACGACUGUGCCAAGUUCCAGGUAUGCGUUAAUGGAAAGUACGUGUCUAAAACUUGCCCCGUCGGAGAUUACUGGAACUCGUUGGAAAAAGAGUGCCAAAAAGAUGACGGCCAAUGCAAUGGCACGCCGGGGUGCACAGAUGGAGAACUAAAGGUUGAUCCAACCGAUUGUGCAGGAUACUUGUCAUGUUCCAAUGGUACCUUUGUGAGUGUGAAAUGCCCUGAAGGAAAUUACUUCAAUACCAUCUAUAAAACUUGCGUUCCCGAUACUGAGGGAGUUUGCGUGAACUGCACCGAGGGGACCCAGAAACCCGAACCCACCGAUUGCACCAAGUACCAAGUCUGCUCUGGUGGCAAGUUCGUGACUAAGUCCUGCGAACCUGAUUAUUACUAUAAUAACAAAACUGCUCGUUGUGAAGUGGACGAUGGUCAGUGCAAAGGUAAUGGUACAACUUGUACCGACGGUGACGUAAAGGUGGAUCCCACGGAUUGUGCAGGAUACUUGUCUUGUUCCAAUGGUACCUUUGUGAGUGUCAAGUGCGAUGAAGGAAAUUACUUCAAUACUAUCUAUAAAACUUGCGUUCCCGAUACUGAGGGAGUUUGCGUGAAGUGCACUGAGGGUGCGAUAAAGGAAAAUCCUUCUGAUUGCGCCGGAUACUUGCAGUGCAUAAACGGAAAAUAUGUUGCCAGGAAGUGUUCCGCUUCAAUGUUCUUCAAUGUCACACAGCAGGAGUGUGUGGUCGACACAGAUGGUGUGUGCAUCCCCAAAACCUGCGAUCCGGAUUGUUGUGAUGUUCCCAACAACUCCAUCUGGCCCGUGGAGAAGAAUUGCUCUGCCUUUUUCCAGUGUGUAAAUGGCAACAAAUACGAGCAGAGGUGCUCCAACAACUUGCAAUAUAAUAACAAGACGGAGCAGUGCGAUUACCCCGAAAAUGUGGGUUGCGACGAUGGAUCUGCGCCUCCAAGUGGUCCUACUGCCGGACCAUCGGGAACUUAUUGCGAGAGCCACGGACGCUGUGUUGGCCAGCGGGAUGGAACCAUGUUCCCCGAUGCCAGUGGGAAAUGUAGUUCCGCCUAUGUCGUCUGCCAGUGCGAGUGUGAGGUCGAUAUGAGCUGUUUCUCUGGACUGUGGUUCAAUAAGCAGAUCAAUUCAUGCGAUUGGCCUGAUAAUGUAAAAUGCUAAAUGUUUCAAUAAACAGUGUUUAAAGCACCAAAAUCUUUUGUGCGAUUAAAGAAAA